CAUUUCACGAUUUUAAAACGCGUUUGCGAUGGAAGGUUUCCACACCCUUAUAAGGAAUACUUCGUUUCUCUCUUCAAACCGACAUGAGAUCCCACAAUGUCAAUUUCGAACAAUAAGCCAAAGAUUCUGAAGAAUGGUAAGGGAACCAUCAAAGUUGUAUUUGGAAAGUGAUUUCCUGAUGCUGUUCCAGUAAUUGAGCGAGGACCAGCUACCCUUACCGAAAGCAAAAGAACAUCCCAUCAGAAGGGAAGCAAUGAAACCAAAGCUUGUUAGAAAACUUACACUCCAACAUCAAGUGGCAGGUUGUGUCCUCGAAAGAUCUGCAAAAAUGAAAUCUAAGAAUGGAAACGUAGCUAAUAAAUCAAACAAACAAGUGGUGGCUGCGGAAGUGAAGGGGGAAAGCACGUUGCAGCAUUUAUGGUUCCACACAAAUCCAAGUCCCUCCAUUGCCUUUUAAAUAUCACCAAACAAAUGGACCCUCUUAAAUCUCUCCUCCUCACUUUCUUCAUCUUCUUUGUUAUUAUUUACACUUAUGGCCGCUGCUAAUCUUGUUUGGAUAUUGAUUGGCGUUUGUUUUGUGGUGGCGGCCUCUGCGCAGCCUCUGCAGAAGCCAUUCAUCGUCAAUGGCUGCGUCUACUGUGACACUUGUCGCUGUGGCUUCGAGACCAACGCCUCCACUCCCAUCUCUGGUGCAAUAGUGAGACUUGAAUGCAGAGACAGAGCCAAAUGGGUGUUGAAGUUCAGCAAAAAAGCCAUCACCAAUUCUGAAGGAAAAUACACCAUUCCUGUCUCUUACGAUCACAAGGAUGAGAGCUGCAAGAUGGUUCUUGUGAGCAGCCCUCAUCCCACCUGCAACCAGCCCGACCUCGGCCGAAACAGCGCCACCGUCAUCCUCACCAACAACAACGGCCUCACCAACAAUGUUCGCUAUGCCAAUGCCAUGGGCUUCUUUACUCAACGCCCUCUCGCUCUCUGCCCCUCCCUCCUCAAACAAUAUCUCGACUACGACGAGUCAUUGUAAGACAUCUGUUACCGUUUCUGUCUGGUGUCGAUCUACAAAAUAUGAUAGAGAAAUAGAAAUCUGAAAAAUAAAAAUCGUUAUAAUUUGGACUUUUGAUUUA